AUGGCGGCGGCGGUAGACCUGGAGGACGCGUUCGGCGCCGUCGUCGGCGAGGCCAAGCCGGAGGGCCACCCGUCCCCACGCCCCAUUCUCUUCCGCGCCCACGCCCGCUCCGCCGCCGCCCUUCGCAUCGCCGCCACCGACUGCCACUCCCUCGCCUGGGACCGCUCCCUCUCCAUCUCCGACCUCGACGAUCUCAGAGACGAUGUUGGAAUCGGCGGCUCAUGGUCCGACUUCCUGGAUUACCUCAAGUCCUCCUUGUCCUCCGGGGAAGUGAAGCUGCUCUUCGCCGCCGACCAACUCCGCAAGUCACCUGGCCCCGAUGGUGCAAAGCUCGUGGCUACCAAGGCAAAGGGCCUGCCUCGCAUCGCCAUUUCUCUCCAGAGAGUUACUGGCGCUGCAGUGAGUGAUGUCGUAGCCGAGAUCUCGCUUGCGCUUUACGCCGCUUAUAGGACUACGCUGGAGCGUGCAUCCAGAGAACAGGAACGAAUGUCGCAGCUGAUGGUGAGCCUGUCAUCUGAAAGAGAAAAAAAUGAAAUCAUGCAAAAACAGCUUGAAGCUGUUUCUUUCCUAGACAGAAGAAAGGCAACAAAGCCAAAGCUGAUAGCUGAUGAGGUUCCAAGUGUGUCUGUUGUGACUUCGGGCUCGGAUCAAGUUACAGCUCAUGUGGAGCAGCAAAUAUCAGUGCCUUCACCUAGUAAAGUCCCUCCAGCUAAAGCCACGAAGCGAGUAGCCCCCAAGCCUCGGAGGGCAAGGGCGCGAGGAGCUAUGCUUCAAGAUAAUGAGGACGAUGAGGACAAUUGACAAAAUUUAGAGGUGCUUAUAUCUUGGUAAUUGAUUAAUUCUGUGAUAUGUGAACUUAUGAAGUGUGACAUGGGGUUAGUUGGUUUUCUGAUUGUUUUGAUCCGUCUCAAGCUUGGGGGAUGAAACUAACUGCAGCUCAUGGCAUGAAAGCACAUGACAAAUUAUAUAUGGGCUAAGUUCAUAUAUGAUAUAUUUUGCUCCAUAUAUCAUCUGCUUACCUCUGUUCUCCAUCCAAAUUUAGUCAGGGCUUUUAUCAAAGUUUGGUCAAGAAUUUAGUUCAAUAUUGAAGCAUAUUACCCAACCCAAUUAUGUCCCCUGCAGUGGGACAUGGACGCCAAACUGAUUGAAUUGGAACAAUGGAUAGAAAUUUGUCGUGAAAUUUCAAAACAGCACUGUGACCACUGUCCACAGGCCACACCACUAGUCAUGUAAUUAACUAACAUUGCAAGCAAGACAAUUUGGUUGGAGCAAAAGCCCUAGCUGCUGGCUGGUAAGCGGCGAACAGGUCAGUUGAAAUCAUCACGCAAACGACGCCUGCAGCUGGCCCUCAGCAAAGUAGGCGCCGGUGGGUCCGCCGUUUGGUAGCAGUGCCACCUCCACCACGCCGCGUGCGCCCUCCUCCGGCGAGAGGAGCCCUGAGUUCAUGGAAAAGUCGGUCCUGACAAAGCCCGGGUGCACGCAGUUGACGCGCAGCGCCGGAUGCCUCCUCGCCAGCAUCCUCGUGUAGGCGUUCACUGUGGCCUUGGCUACCUUGUACGCCGAGAACCCUGUCGUUCGCCCCCCGCCACGCGUCUCUGCCGCGCUGCUGUCGGCGAAGCCUCCCAAGAAGGCGUCAAGCAGCUUGUCCAGCCUCUUCUCGGUCAGGCUGUCGAUGUCGUCAAGCUGCCGCCUCAGCUCCACCUCGUCGGCGCCGAAAUGCUGCAGCCGCCCGCACAGAGAGAGACGUCAUGUAUGUACAUAUAUGCAUGGGAGUUCUUUGGCGGGCGUGAUUUGUGGUGGGGUUUACGUACCCUCAGCAGUCCGAAGCUGGAGGAGACGUUGACGAUCCUUCCGUCAGACGAGGAGAGGAUCAAGGGGAGCAGAGCUUCGGUAACGUGCUUUGUGCCGUAGUAGUUGGUCUGCACGCCCUGUUUUGCAGCCUUAUGCGUCUCCCGGGUAUUGUUCUUCAUCCAUUCCAGCCUCUGAUGCACAUCUAUGCCGUCGAACUGAUGCACGUAGUACACAUGAAUGAAUUAAAUCCGUUUCAGUCUGUUUGUGCACAGAUUAAUUUGUUGACUGAUCAGCUCAGCUCACCUUCUCCACUCCUGGUAUUAUGCCAUCAUCUAGUCUCUCAUUUCCACUUGUGGCGGCAUUGUUCACCUGUGGCAUACCACAUACAUACAUACAUACGAAUCAGUUGCUGAUCAUGUUUUGUUUAUCAAUCAACCAAAGGGUCGGACAGAAGAAAUACUUGCCAGGAUGUCGAGCUUCCCGAAACGGAUCUCUAGGAAAGCAGCCAGACGAUCGAUGCUGGAAGCAUCUGUGACCUCCAGCUGGUGGAAGACGACGUCGGAGAGCCCCAGCGCCUUGAGCUUCUCGACGGCCGCCACGCCUCUGGUCUCGUCCCUGGCCGUCAGCACGACGGAGACACCAUGAUCAGCCAGCUGCCGGCACACCUCUAACCCGAUGCCUUUGUUGCCUCCGGUGACCACGGCAACCCUUGAAAAUUGUAUUCCUUUUAAGAACUACUGUAAUGCAAUGACGAAUUAGUUCAGCUAGCACAUGGGUUAGGAGGCCAUACCUUGUGCUAGGGGAUCGGGAGAUGGCUCCUUCCAUAUGAGCUUAUUUUGACUGCUUACAGAUGGGCUAUCGACAGGUUUAAGUAGAACAAAGCUUCAGACCUUUCAACCAACCUGAUAGUAUUCGUGUGCGGUGACGUUUU